GAAAAUUUAAAAAAUCGUGGACUUGACAUUUGGCAGCAGAGACCAAUUUUGGCAGUAUUUUGAAAUUUUAUAUUAUUGUUUUCAAACUCCUGAACAUAAUUUAUAAAAUUAUUAUAAUACAGUUUUUGUAAUCAUAUGUUAUAUUUAAAGUUUUAAAUUCCAAUUGGUUUUUAUUUAAAAAUCAGAAACCUACUACCUUAGAUCCUACGUCAUAUUUUCAUAAACCGCAGCCUAAAAUGAGUAAUGAAAAUUAGGUAGUCAUAUUAUUUGCAGUAUUUGAUUAAAAAUGACAACAGAGGCAAGAAUUCCUAGCGAUUCUACAGGCUGGCGAGCUAUUGACAUAUUUGUGUUCACAAACGGCCAGCAACAUUCGCCUCCAAGGAAGUACCAUCUAAACGCCCAAGAGUUGAACUGGUGGAAAGCCAUACUAAGCUUCUUGGCUAGGUCACAAUAUGGAUCUCUGCAUUCAACCAUAGAUUUAUACACACUGGAUGGAGAAAAAUUGGAGGGCCCAUUACAACUUAGCAACGGAGCAGCAUAUGUGGCUGUCAAGCCCCCUGAUCAAUUCAAAGAUACAGGGUACAGCAAGUACCUAGUGAAAGCUUCCAGGUCAUGGGAAAAGAGUCAGGGAAGAAGAUCGAAUAGUAAUGAAAUAAUAAAACCAGAUGAGUGUAACAUUCCAUCAAUUGUUACAAAUACUGAUACCGCCAACAAAAAAGCGGUAGACGAAAUUCAGGUUAAUAAUACGAUAUUCCCAGAGAGUAAUGUUGUAGAGAAACCUCAAACUUUGUUAAAUAUUCAUGAAAGCCCACAAAGAGACUCUAGUGCAUCAAAUAAACAAUCGGAUAAAAGAAGGAUUUUUCCCAUUCAACGAUCAUCAAUAUUGCGUAAACAAAUGACCACACCGUCAUCUACUAGAAAAGAUUCAGGGAAAACGAAAGAUAUACCAAAGAGUUCUAAAGCCCCUUUAAAAGUUAAUGGGAAAGCUGCUGUUGAAAAUGGUGGAAUAGUUACGAAAAUAAAAAUACCUCAAAAAAAUGGAAAAGAAACUUCUGCAGUUAAACCCGAACAAGUGUAUUUAAAUGAAACAGACGCAUCAACAACUCUAAAUUAUUCUAAUGCUAACAAUUUAGUGACUGACAAAGCUAGAAAUGAGGAUUUACAUGAAAAAGACGAUUCACAUUUAGUGUCUAAUAUUUUUAAAAGCACAGAUAGUGAAAUUCCUUCGGUGGUAGUACCAAUGUCUACUAAUCGUAAUACCCAUGACAUUGAUGAUAAAAUUCUAAAUAAUAUAAAUGAAGAAUUGAAUAGUAAUGAAACAAAAAUUACAACAAAUAUUUUCAAUAAUGUGCCGAAAAGUGAUUUACUUGAUUAUGCUUUUACACCUUCUAGCUUGGAAAAUAAUUUAAGCAAUGAAAUAUUAAAUAUAUCUCAAAUUCAAAAAGCGCCAAACGUCAGUUUUGCCGACAUACCUGACCAAAAUUAUGUCGUAAUAAAUAAUGGAGAUGUAGUUAAUUUAAAAUUCCAAAUUGAAGUCAGAAACAGUGGAGGCACUGUCAACAAAAAAAACAAAAAUGAGCAGAACAAUUACUCAUCUGCUAAUAUUGUCAAAACAGAGAAAGGAUCUCAAAUAGACCUAGAUAAUGAAAUGAUCCAAAAUAAAUCGUUACAAUCUUUAUUUAUGUCUGAAUAUAUAGAAAACUUUGGAAUACAAAGGAAUUCUGAAGUUAUUGUUAUCAAAUGUGCAUGUUGCCAGGAAAAGAAAUAUAACAUUUCUAUUAACCCCGAAAUUUCGCUCAAUGAUAGCAAAAUGUAUGUUAUACUAUUGCCGACCCCAGGGCAUGACAACAAAAUAGAAAGGUGUAAAUGCGAUAAAAAAAUAAUUGAUGUUAUUGAUAGGGACACUCGAGAAACACACAGAUUUAGCCUCAUUAAUCCCGUAAGGAAAACGACAUCUAAAAUGGAUUUAGAAAUAUUGAAUAGCUUAGCAGAGGUAUCAAAAGUUGCCGAAUGUCCAAAGAUUGAAAGCGAAACAAAACCCCAUGUUGCUAUAAUUGAAAAGGACAUUAUAAAUCACACAGAUGAAGAGAAGAGUAUUCCGAAAAAAGAUAAUAGAGAUAAUGUUGACCAUGGGCUAGUCGUGGAUACUCCAAGAAUAUUAGCUAAAUGCCAAGUAACAUCAGAUAGGUUUACACAAACAAAAUUAUGCAGUCUCUUGCUUGAAGCCAGGCGCCACGAAGACGGCCGUUACUCUUUCCAUCUACCUCCUCUACAUAUUCUAAAAUACUACAAACUUUGACUACUAAAUAAAUCGUU